CAGGUCCUCUGACAGACAAGCAAGUGCACUUAACCACUGAGUGAUCUCUCCAGCCCAAACGCUAGGAUUGUUAAGAACAGGAUACUGGGCAUAAAAACAUGCUGAAGGAGGUUUUGGGAGGGGCCAGCUCUGUGGGGCAGGAAGGUGAUGGAGGGAAAGGCUGAUGGCUUUGCCUCCCUGUCUCCUCCCCAGGGUAUAUCCAGGCCUGCCGUGCCCUCAUGAUUACUGCCAUCCUUCUCGGUUCCCUGGGCCUCCUCCUAGGCAUGGUGGGUCUGCGCUGCACCAAUGUUGGCAAUGUGGACCUGCCCAGGAAGGCCAAGAUAGCAGCCAUCGCAGGGGCCCUACAUAUACUUGCUGCUCCAUGGGCCCCAGCUGCAGUUGUUAGAAAGGGGCGCUUAGAUCAAGCCUCCUUCACCUCCCCAGGUACCUGCGGGAUGGUGGCUAUCUCCUGGUAUGCCAACAACAUCACCUCAGACUUCUUCAACCCCCAGUAUGUUGGAACGAAGUAUGAGUUGGGUCCUGCCCUCUACCUGGGCUGGAGUGCCUCUCUGCUCUCCCUCCUGGGUGGGAUCUGUCUCUGCUCUGCCUGCUGCUGCGCUGCCAAGGAGAACCAGCCCAUCAGGAUCCAGCUUCCCUACAAGGCAUCUUCAGUAGUGGUCCCCCCAAACACCUCGGAAGAAGGGGACAGCAGCUUUGGCAAAUAUGGCAAAAAUGCCUAUGUGUAGGAGCUCUGGCCCAUGGAUACCAUUUCUCCUCCCAUGUCCCCAGCAGGAAACUGUCCCCAGGACCCACAGACCCAUCUCUUUCAUAACCUAAGGGCAGACCAUGCCCAGGCUCUGCCCAGUGCUUGGAAGCCAGGCCUCUCUGUGGGCACACCUCGUCUGGCACUCCACCCACCUUUCCCGGGAGCAGAACCCAGUCUGGGUAAUUUGCAUGACCUCCUACAGCUGGACCCAAGGGGUCAAACGUAUCUACUGUGUGCGCAAUUCCAUAUAAAUACCUACAUAAAUAAAUGUAUAUUGUGAUUGUU